GGGGGUCCGUUUGUUUGCACCGGGAGGCAUGGCGAGAGCGGGCGGAUCGGGAGGGCUGCGCUGGUUUUUGCGCGCCAGGAGCGCUUCCCGAGUGGAGAACUGCAGGAGGAAUGCUUUUGGUCAAGAAUCACUGGGUCCCAUCUCUUCGAGUGGCUUCAGCCUCUUGCAGCCCCGAAGGGCUUAUCGGGCAGCUCUUUGUACUGAGCUGACAAAGCCAUUGGUCAUAAGGGAUGUCCCAUCUUCCUCUCUGCAGCCUCAUGAGGUCAGAGUUCGUGUUCGUUGCUGUGGAGUGAAUUUUGCCGAUAUACUUGCUUGUCAGGGUCUUUACCAAGAAAAACAUUCCCUUCCAUUCACCCCAGGAAUGGAAUUUUCGGGGGAUGUGAUAGAGUGUGGAGUGGAUGUCAGCAGCGUGAAGGAGGGGGAUCGUGUAAUUGGCGUGGCCAACACCAAAGCUCUGGCUGAGGAGUAUGUUGCUGAUCAAAAGUUACUCUGGACAAUCCCUCAGGGAGUUCCUUAUGAAGAGGCUGCAACGUUGCCUGUUUCUUAUGGGACAGCCAUCUUGGCCCUUGAGCAUAGAGCAUGCACACGGGCAGGAGAGACUGUUUUGGUGACGGCAGCAGCUGGUGCCACAGGACUGGCCACUGUGGAUGUUGCAAGCAAUGUCCUUAAAGCAAAGGUAAUAGCAGCAGCGGGAAAUGACACCAAAUGCAAAUUGGCUCUCCAGAAAGGGGCUGUCCACAGUGUGAAUUACAGCCAGACUGUUUUGAGGGAGGAAGUGAAAAAACUCACAGCCGAUAAGGGAGUUGACGUGGCCAUUGAAACCAUUGGUGGAGACAUUUUCAAGGAGGCAUUGCACAGCCUGGCUUGGGAAGGCAGGAUCGUGGUGGUUGGUUUUGCUGGGGGAAUGAUCCCUUCCAUCCCAGCCAACCUGCUGCUUUUGAAAAACAUCUCUGCCUUGGGACUGUACUGGGGCCGGUACAGGAAUCAGGAUUUCCCAGUCUUUUCCUCUGCGCUCUCUUCUGCUCUUCAGUAUUGUCAAGAGAAACGUAUCCAUCCUCACAUAGGAGCAGUGUUCAAACUGGAAGAGGUCAAUGAAGCCUUUGCACAUGUAACUCAGCGUAAAUCUACAGGAAAGGUCAUCAUCUCAGUUAGUUAAGCCUGGUUUGUGUGUGCGCGUGUGGAUGCCGGCCCUUGCUCCUUAACUGCUCUUGCCUCCUUCUGAAGAAUGGGGCCUUCUCCCAUGAAGCCUAAAUAGAUAGAUCUAAUUGGAUGGGGUUAGAUUGGAGUAACUCUUCAUGGGAUUGUACUGUAAGUGACCCUGGUGUUUUUUGCGAGUAUGAGCAGACAGUUGACUCUUGAACUGUAUGACGCCACUGUAGCUUCAGUCAACCACGCAGAGAAUCCCUCACCUGCAUGCCCUUGUCUGGCCUUACUCUGGCUUUCCUGCCACUUACAGAAACAUGAAUGGCACAUCAGUGGUACUGGAUAACAUACAAAACCUAGCACACAUUUCAUCUGGUAUUGAAGUAUGUAUGCCCAGACCACUGGCCUGUGGAGUGGGCUGAAGUUACAUGAAGCAGUACUCCCACUGCAACUCACCAAGUGUAGCCAUGUAAGCAGUUUGGAUGGGAGAUCAUCAGGGAAUGGUAGGUACGCAGCUCUUGAAGGAAAAGUGGGACAAUGCUGGUAAUUUGCACAUAUAGAACAGAGACUGAUUUCGCACUAGACUUGUUCCGGGUGGAGAGCCCUUUUGCUCCUGGCGCUUCUCUCGGUUUUCGCACAAGCUGCUCUGGAGCUGCGAGUUGGCACGGCACUUUUCUGCAGCAAGCAAAAUCCUCUUACAAGCAGUUUCUGCUUGCUGCGGAAAAGCAUCAGGCCAACUCGCAGCUCCAGGGCAGCUUGUGCAAAAACUGCCAGGGGCAAAAGGGCUCUCCACCCGGAACAAGCCCUAGUGCGAAAUCAGUCAGAGUGUCCUGUCCAGCAGCUUCUUUCACUAGACGGCCACUUUUGAGAAUGAAGUGGAGGAAGCAGGCCCAAGUUCCACCUGCCAAGGUGACCCGCUGGCAAGUUUCCUCAUCGGUGCUGCCUGUUCUCUGCAUGCUCAUUACAGUUGGCAACUGAUCUGGGUGCCCUCCAGUUGCUGAUCUCCUAUUUUAAUUAUAUUGGCAGGGGGUCCCAUUGGACAAGUGCUGUUUCUUAAUUAUUCACAUGUCUCCUUGCUUCAUUCCCAUUCAGCCUGGGCCAGAGUGAGCUAUUUUGCCACUUUAUCCCAGGCUUCCACUGUUCAAGUAUGAGCUCUGGGGUCUUGGACCCAGGCAACAGAUCUGAUAGGUAUGGGUCUGGUAGACAACCAACACAGAGACAAGCCAUGCAUGGUCACCUUGUUCCACAGUGUCUCCAAUGCUGUGUCAGUGCUGUUGGCAGGCUACGGUGCCCCAAGCAUCUACUUGGGUCACUUUGGCUCUGCAUUCCAUGAGUUCACCCUUUUAUUCCUUAAGUAGCUGUGCUCUGUUGCCAAUCAAAGGAUGGCCGUCUUGUUCCAGGUUCAAACCAGUAACGAAGCUGCUUUGCUUUCUGUUUCUUUAUUUUAACCAAAAGCAGCUUGUGUUGGCUACCGGCCUGGGCUACAGGAAAGGGGUACGUUCAGGCUGCUUCAACCCUUUUCAUUGCACUCAUGUUGCAGUUCAGCAUUGUCUUCCACCAUCCAGUCUUUUCUGUUCUUUCUGGCUCAGGAGCAGCCUAAAUUAUAUAAUGCCACUACAGCUAGUUCAUGUAUUGCACCAUAACAGCACCGAGCCAGCGCCUGGCAUUAACUAGACACAGUGUGUGAUUUCUCCCCCUCACCCCCCCCCCCCUUGAUAGCUGCCUGCACAAGUUUGAACAUCCUCCUUUGGUUCAAUAUAUAUCUGGAAUUCCUGAAGAUGGUAUCACUGUGACAUUUGAAUGGGACGGGGGUUGGGGGGUGGUGGGAGAAGCAAUCUCAGGGAGAGGAUUUUUAAGUUACAUCUCCUUUUUGGUUUGUAUAAAGAAAAAACAUUGUGCAAAGGAAAUGAAAAUAAAGUAUAUGACCACGUUC